AUGUCUGUGCCUCGGAUGACGGAUGAGUCACGGCUGUCUACCAACGACGCCGUGGUCUAUGAAGCACACACACGCACGGCAUCAGAGGGAAACCCACAGGAACACAUGCAUAAGCGCAAGUCAGAGUCAUUCAGCAAUGCGGCUGAGAUCGUUACUGGUACAAUUAGAAAACACUCAAAAAGGAAUGUGACUGACAAACCAGUAGCAGACAAUGGCAGCUCUGUGCAUCUCCCACCACCACCACAGCCUGGUGCUAAUGGGGACGGUACAAAGCAUGCAGGGCUCAAGGGCACGGGUAAGACGUUCACACGCAGUCUGAGUAUGCUAAAGCAACGCAAGCAAUCAGAGAAGAUGGCUAUGAGUAUCAGCGCAGAAGCAGUCAACUCAGUUCCCAUAGAUGAACCUCACAAUAAUUCAAUUGUGAGGCAAUCAAGCUUUCAGGGCAAACCAACAAGUGCCACCGCCGCAAAGAACGGCAGUUCUAUAAGUGAACAUGAACGUUCACAUAAAAGCGCUUCAACAGUAGGUGAUACAAGUCCUUCCCCUGGAGUCACUACAAAGCGAGUGACCCGUUCGGAAUCAUCCAA